CUUCCUCUAUACUAAUCCUCAAAGUACCAGCCAUGGCCACACUGACUAACAACGCCGCCGCCUCAGCUCUCGGAAAGCCCACCUCUCUCAUUUCCACCACCGCAACCAAACCCCUAUCUCAUAUCUCUUUCCCUCUCUCCCCAUCCAAAGCCCUAACCCUAACCGCCAAAACCACCUCAAUCAAAUCCGCCGCCGCAUCUUCCGAUCUGUCCACCACCACCGUCACCAGUCUCACCACCACCACCUCCAUCUCCACCUCCCCCCAAACCCUCAAGUCCCGCCUCCAAAAUGGCGACACUCUCUACGGCCUCUUCCUCCUCAGCUUCUCCCCCACCCUCGCCGAGAUCGCCGGCCUCUCCGGCUACGACUUCGUCGUCGUCGACAUGGAGCACGGCCCCGGCGGCAUCUCCGAAGCCCUCUCCUGCCUCCGCGCCCUCGCCGCCACCCAGACUCCGGCGAUUAUCCGGCUGCCGGAAACCUCUCCGGCGUGGGCCAAGAAGGCCCUCGAUCUCGGCCCUCAGGGGAUCAUGUUCCCGAUGAUCGAGAGCUCCAAGGAGGCCGAGAAGGCCGUCUCCUACUGCCGCUUUCCUCCCGCCGGCAUCCGCGGCUCCGCCCACACCGUCGUGCGCGCCUCCAGGUACGGCAUCGACGAGGGGUAUUUAAGUAAUUACGAGGACCAGUUGCUCAUCAUGUGCCAGGUGGAGAGCGAGGAGGGCGUGAAGAGGGCGGAGGAGAUCGCGGCCGUUGAAGGGGUGGACUGCGUGCAGAUGGGGCCGUUGGAUCUGAGCGCCAGCAUGGGGUACCUGUGGGACCCGGGGAACAAGAAGGUCCGCAAGGCGUUGAAGGCUGCCGAGAAGGCCGUGCUGGGCAGCGACCCUCUCGUGGGUGGGGCCUACUUAGGCGGGUUCGCUAUGCCCCACGAUGGGCCCCAGGAGCUGAGGACACGUGGCUACCAUGUGGUGUCGGGCUCCGUCGACGUCGGGCUGUUUAGGAGCGCGGUGGUGGAGGACGUGAGGAGGUUUCGGGCGAGCUUGAUGAAGGGCUCGGAUGAUGAGGAGGAGCACGGUAAUGUUGCGGAGGAGAAGUACUGGAGCGAAUGAUGGGUAAAUUGAAGCAGUGGUUUUUGUGGUGUUUUUUCAUAAUAAAAGGUUAAUUUGCCGGCUUGUGCUAUGUAA